AUAUUAGAAAAAGAGAGAAAGUUACCAUCACAUUAUAUAUGACAUCCAUCAUCUAUCUACCAACGUGUCGCUACACCACCAAUCCAAUUAAACAAAUGCAAGACUAUAUUUUCUCAUCUAAAUCAUUCGUUUCAUACUCUACCAGGAGUAUUUCAUUUUGUGACGCGGCAGUUCCUUGUCUCUCAACUUAACUUACACCUGUGACGAAAGGGAGAUGGGAACAAGAAAGCCGUCCAUCCAAGCCAACCAAGCCAAGGCGACUACGUUGAUGCAAAUGCAAGCUGUGUGCCGGCAAUAAUACCACCACACGGAACCGAAAUUAGGUGCACGCCUUCCUCCUCCGCCUCCCCUCCCCAAUCCCCAAACCCAAACCAACGCCCAAAAUCGCAUCGCGCCGCGCCGCGCCGCGCCGCCACGAGACCCCGGGUUUGGCGGGUUGGGCGCUCCCGUGGCCGCCGUUACUGUUGCCGCGUGUCCGCCCUGGCGGUGGCGGUUGCAUGUAUGCGGCAGGGGAGAGCCAAUGGUGGAGCCGACGGAGAGCUCGGCGGCGCUGACGCCGCCGCCGGUCCCGUGGGCGCGCUUCGGCGGCAGAGGCCGUCCCAGUCCCACCCGUCCUCGUCUUCGUCGCGUGGAGGAGAGGCGGCGGAAGGGGGAGGCAGGAAACAGGGGAGGCGCGAGAGCAAGCGGCGGGAGGAGGUGUUGAGGGCGAUCCGGGACCGGCUGCCUCCCCCGCCCGCUUGCUGGGGCAACGUCUCGGUGGUGCAGGAGAGGAGGGGCCGGAGGGAGAGGCCUGGCGGCGCCGUUGGGGUCGAGGAGGAGGGGCGCUCUGGCGCGGGAACCGCCGCGUUGCCGGCGUGGUGCUGCCUCUGUCCCCAAGGGGAUUGCUCGCUGCAGCCCAACCCGAGCGCCAACGGCAAGGAGGACCCCGGCCUCCGCUCCCUCAUCGAGCGCAACGACUUCUACUCCGACGACUGCAACCCGCACGCCGCCGCCGCCAAAGACGACGACGACGACGGCUCGGCAUCCCCCGCCGCCGAUUUUGAUUAGGUGCCCGUCGAUCCGCCGUUCGUUACUACUGCACAUUGCUGUACAAAAAGAACCCACACACCAUUACAUCUUUUGGGGGGGUAAAAAAGCAUCUACCGCGUGAGAGCCAUGGGACACGUUGGUGCCAAAAGGAAACGACGGGCGAUGGAUUUUCCCUUGCUUUUGCA